AUGCCUGCUUCAGAACUCGAUUCAAGCAACAAUUCCAAGAGAACCGCCGUGCUAGCAUCAGUGGCCGUGAUUUCCUUCCUUGUUCUUUUGGGUGUAAUCAGUUGGUUUGCUUUCCGUAAGAAGACUGCAAUCCGUAGAAGAGCUUUGGCAUAUCAGGCCAAUCGGGGACAUGAUAAUCCAAACCAAGAUAUCAAUCAAACCAUUGGAGAUGAAACUCUGGAGUUACCUUUAUUCAGUUUUGUCACAAUUUCAACUGCAACUAAUGAAUUUUCAUUAACCAAUAAAAUUGGGCAAGGUGGUUUCGGCCCCGUUUACAAGGGUGUCCUCCCAACGGGAAAGGAAAUAGCUGUUAAAAGACUUUCCGAAGAUUCUGGACAAGGCCUUAAAGAGUUCAAGAAUGAAGAGUUUGGACUUGUUCAUUUUCAAUCAAACAAAAGAUACAACUCUAAGUUGGCAGAGGCGUUUUGA